AUGAAUAACGUCGAAAUCGAGGACUUCUAUCACCAUGAUUUUACUACUGCCUCCGAAUGGGAAGUGUUCAUCGCGCGAUUGGAGGAAAUUACGCACGAAUGGAAAUUGCCCCAUACGAAGAUCGCGGGUCCUCUCAAACCGGGGGAUUUUAUCAACUGUCAAUGGCACGAGGCCUCGGAGAAGCUGCAUUUCGCAGAUGUGGAAUUCCUGCUGAAGCACUACAAGCUAAAGAAGGAAGAAGAUGAAAAAGAGGAUGCAGCUAGUCCUCUAGAAGAACAGGAGGAGGAAUGGACGCAAUGUCAGAAGGAUGCCUUGGAUUUAUCCAAUGAUUUUGUGAGGCUUGAUGAGAAUUGUAUGGAAAUAGCUCGUUAUUAUGGUUGUAGAGAAUUUCUUGUUUUAAUACCAGCGCGGAAAGGAAACUUGAUAGAUGAAACUCGAAUCAAGAUCUUGCUUAGUUCACUGACAAUUGCAACUAACAAUGCGAAUUGUUACAUCCCUGCAUUCAUACAGGUGCAAGAACCUUGGCAAAAAUUGUACCUCGGUGGCUGUGCUGGUAAAGGAACUUGUGCAUAUCUUGACAUGGUGCAUUUGAAGAAGAUUCCAUCGCAUUGCAAAUACCUUACUGGUCUACUUGCUUUGUUCAAGCAAAAAGUCAGAGAAGGCUGCUCAGUAAGACUUGAUUCUGUGACAGUGUCUGUUAGAUUCUCUUACCUGUUAAAGGAUUGGACGAACAGCACAUGGACGCAGGAACCUCCGGAUUUCGAUUUCAUGCAAGGGGAAACAUUAGGUGUGGCCGAAUUGGGCAAGCUUCCCUUUGGCGCAACAUUCGAUCCUGUCGGUGAACUUCAUUUAUUCACCACAUGGCCAGAAAUGUCGGACAGCGUUGUCGUAGACAGCGAAGGGUUCUCUGAUCUGGAGCCGCAACUCGCUCCCAUAUGGUCGGUGCUAGUAAAAAUGGUAUCGUCACCGGCUUGCUUGCUCGGCGAAUACAUGACAGAUUUUCUGCAUCUCUGCAACAAUCAAAAGUCCAUGGUAGAAUUGUUGGGUGACAACGCAUCCUACAUUCAAAGUGACGAUCAAAUGUUAAGCUCCGCCUUUAACGUGCUCACUGAAUCCAGAAUACCUACGAUCUCGACAGUCAUGGGCAGGACCAACUCGAAGAAGAGCAAGAACGUAGAGGGCCCGAUCUCUGAGGAAAUACUGCUGCCUAUACUUUACUUUCUCUUUCCAGACGCGGAGGAGAAUUCGAGAUUUCCCUAUGGUGACAUCAGUGUGUGUAAUAUGGAUGAUGACCAAUGGAAAGGCGUGAAGACCUGCACGAUGGACAGUCUGGUGUGGCGUAUGUCGGUCGUCGCAGCGCAUUGCACUCAUAAUUUGGGCGGUGCGACGGCCUUGGCCCAGCUCUGGCACGAAUUCGUGCAGGAGAUCAGGUUCCGUUGGGAAAGGAAUAUUCUGAUACCAGGAGUCGGGCCGGGCUUCCCGGAUUCCGUUCGCACGUGUCUGCUGCAUCAAAAGUUGCAGAUGAUGAACUGUUGCAUAGCGAGGAAGAAGACGCGGGAGGAAAACGCGCAUAGGCCCCAAAGCAUGGAGAUGGACGACGUCGAGGAGACAGAAUCCGAGGAGGAGGAAUUCUUCGAGUGCUCGAGCGAGGAAUUGGCGAGCGAGGAGAUUUCGUCAACGAGGACGCAAUUGAAGGCGAAGCACCUGCUGUGGAACAAACCCGCGGGAAGAUUGGCCAAACACUCUUCACUCAGGCUGAUUCAAAGCGGAGAUCCUCUUUAUCUACCCGUCACGCAGGAUCCUGUUCCGAAAACGGAGGACCAGUUGGAGGAGGACGCGCAGGUGAUGAUGCAGCUCGGCACUGACAAAUACGCCUCUGAAAUGCGCGCGCGAAUGAUGAGCGCGUCCCUGUUGUCUGACAUGGAAUCCUUCAAAGCGGCGAAUCCUGGUGCGGUGCUGGAGGACUUUAUCCGAUGGUACUCGCCGAGAGACUGGAUCGACGACGAAGGGCUCGAUGAGUGGGGACAAGGAAAGGGCCACUUAUCGCUACGGAUGAUGAUUCCCGAUAAUCCCUGGUCGACGACCUGGGCAUCAGCGCAACCAGUUCCUGCACACCGACAGAAGAGAUUGUUCGACGACACGCGCGAGGCGGAGAAGGUUCUGCAUUACUUGUGCUCAAAGCGAAUAGGCCAAGUCGCGCAGCUCUUGCUGCCGACUCUGACACAUGCAGCGCUUUACACCUUGAGCUCACAGAAGCAGGAGGCUCUGCCAAGCCUACCCGACGUAGCGCAAAGCAUACUUAACAGACUGCAGUUCGCGACGAAGCCAACUCACCAAAAGUUAAACUUAUAUGAGGAAAUCACGCGCGACAUCGAGGGCGUGGAAGCACUGGUCGCCCAAGUCAAUUCUCUGCAGCACAAACUGGGCGGCAACAACGACUCCAAGGAGUUUACGUCAUUCCUAAUCCAGCUCAUGCGGGGCAAGGAAGUGAACGUGCCUGGUGGUUCUAGGGGCGACAUCGGAUCCCAUAUAACGAUGAUGUUCCGCGACGCUCAGAGGGCCGUAUACAUGAUGACGUCCACCAGCGGCAAUAACGAUGCGGACGCCGCGAGAGACAGCCGGCAUAAAACGUUCCCCGAGCCCUCAUCCAAGGAAUUUAUUCUGCGGGCGAUAAUACCGCGACCUUCACCGGCCUCCACACCGCAGCCGCAACGGCUGUACGCCUGCCUUAAACGAGACCACAUUCGUUUGGCCGGAUUCUUCUCUGAAGACACGACAUUCUUGUAGUCCCCGCCCCAUCUAGAAUUCCCCGUCGUAGUGGAAUUCAUACAAUUCUCGUAAACUCUCGGGUUCAUUGAAACUAUCGGUGACCGCGAAUAGCGAAAUAAUGAUUUUCGUUCUCGUUUUGUUGGACGAUGAUUGUCUGCAAAAUCAUUUAUCUGUACCGUGUACCUGGAAACUUUUAACUUCGUUUGUUUUAUGUGAACACAAGCAACACAAUAAGUAACAAUACGACGCUCUCGCUGUAUAUCGCGCAUUUCUUUCUUCAACAGGAUAUAUUAAGUGCAUCUAUAGGCAUAUCAAUUUUUAUCAAUUGUUUACCUUAUUGUCUAUUAAUUAAUCUUGGAAAUAUUUAAGUGGUUAAUCCAGUAUAUAUACAUUACUUUUAUAUGGCGACGAAGAUAACAUUCCCAAAGCUAAUUCUGACAAGGUGACGGAGCAAGAGGUGAAAGUUGUGUGUGUGUAUAUAUAUAAUGUAGAUAUCAUUAUAUAGUAAUCAAAAAUA